AUGCAUUCAAAAUCACCAUCCACGAAACGUCAUCAUAAUAAUGAAGCUGGUAAUAAUAUUUUGCAAUAUUUUAAAAGAACCAAGGCUAAUGAAAAAACAACUACAACCGUAUCAGUUUUAACAUCACAAGACAAUUUAAUCUCAAAUGUACAAAUGAAUAUGUUAGGAACUGUCGAAAACGUGGAAGAAUCAACAGCAGCAGGAGAGGUAGCUGAUAACAGGAGUUCAUCUGAAGCAAGUGAACAUAUACAUUCAAAUGAAAGUGAAAAAGAAAAUCAUAUGAUAUCGGCUAGUACAUCUCACACGCAAUCGACAACAUCAACAACAGCAACAACACUGAACUGUCCAUGUGAUAAUAGUUGCUUACAUCAAAUAGGAGUUAAACUACGUAUUAUGGAAACAUUGCUUCAUCCAUGCCAGCAUCUAAUGAAACUUUCUACGUCUAUUAAUAUUUGUCCCGAAGUCUUCGUAGAAGAAACAAAAAUUUUUGUUGAUAAACUUCUUGAAGCUGGAAAUGAUUUAAAAAUGUUAUGUACAGAUAUUAUAACAGAAACAGAAAUGAAAAGAAAUAAAAUAACAAUAAUGGAUUCAAAAGAAGAUGAGCUGAUUAAUCGUGAACCAGGUUAUUAUGACGUUGGUCAUAAAUUUACCGAAAAACAAUUACGUUAUUUGGUCUCGGUAGGUCCAUUACAAGUUAAAAUAGAAGAAUAUCCGAAGAACCGAGAACUACAUACAGCUGGAAAAACAUGCAAAUUUGCUUCAAAAUGGUAUGAUGAAUAUCCAUACCUUGAAUAUAGUAUUAAAAGAGAUGCUGCUUUCUGCUUUACAUGUCGAUUAUUUCCUGAUGGGCCAGGAAGCGAAAAACAUACAGAUGCUUGGACUUCAAACGGUGUAGCAACUUGGAAUAAGAUGAAAAGUCAAGGAAUUAAAAAGAAAGGUAAACUUGAGCAACAUUUUUCAUCUGCAACACACAAAUCAUCAGUUGAUCGAUAUUUGAAUUUUAAAAAUAAAAAACUUCAUGUUGAUCUAAUGCUUGAUAGUAAUCGAAUGAAAGAAGAUCAAGAACAAGAAAUGAUUUUACAAUUAAAUAAACAAGUGAUUGUUACAUUACUUGAUUCAGCUCGUUAUCUUGCGCGACAAGGAUUAGCAUUUCGACGAAAUCCAGAAAGUGAAGGUUGUAAUUUUGUUCAGCUAGUGUAUCUACAACGUCGAAAUAAUCAGGUAUUUAAUGAUUGGUUUUUCAAAACGAAAUUAGAGAAAUAUCAGAAUUCGUAUCUCAGUCAUCAGUCACAGGACGAAUACGUCCAAUUAUUAGGUGAAGCAGUUGAAAGUUUAGUUAUUGAAGAAAUUAAUAAAUCACCAUUCAUAUCAAUUAUGGCUGAUAGUACUCCGGAUACUUCACAUCGCGAAAUGUACUCAAUCGUUAUCAGAUUCACAAAAAACUAUCAAGUUGAAGAACGUCUAUUAUCUGUACAAGAAUUGCCAAGUAAAGUUGGCGAAGAAAUAUGUUUGUUAUUACUAAAAACAUUACAAAGAAAAGGAAUAUCGACAGAAAAACUAGUGGCACAAUGCUAUGAUAAUGCUCCAAAUAUGGGAGGUAGUUAUAAAGGUGUGCAAGCUUGUGUUACCAACCAUUUAAAUCGGGAAAUUUUACAUAUCCCAUGUAGUGCACAUAAUUCUAAUUUGGCUGUGGAAUAUGCUUGUCAUUGUUCGGUUGAAUAUAUCAAUUUGUUCAUGUUACUACAGGAAUUAUACAAUUACUUUACAUUGAGUAUAAAAAGAUGUCACGUUCUUCGUGAAGCACUUGAUAAAUCUCCGUAUGGUUUAAAUAUCAAAUCCCUAUCUGAUACAAGAUGGACUGCUAAUUACGAAUCCAUUCAUGCUAUUAUUGAAUCAUAUGAUGAAAUUAUUUAUUGUUUCCAGUUGAUUGAAGAAGGAGAACAAUUCGAUAAAGAAUCAAAACUUCAAGGUAAGAAUUUAAGAAACAAAUUUAUUUCAUAUGAAAUAAUCGUAUUAUUAAAAUUUAUGGAAAAUAUAACACGAACAACUAAUUCAUUAACAUCACAUCUACAAUCAAAACAUUUGGAUAUAUUAUCAUCAAUGGAACUAAUAGCUAAUACGUUAAAAUUAAUCAAAAUCAUGAGAAAUGAUGAUCAGUCGUUGAAAAAUAUCUUACUGUUAGGCAAGAAACAUAUUGAACCAUAUGAUGUUGAUAUUGAUAAAGAGUUCAAUCGACUACACCGAUUUCGUCAACCAUCACGUCGAAUUGAUCCAAAACCAGCAACAGUCGUUCAACUUACGAGAGAAUCUUUCUAUUUGAAAUUAUUUCGUGAAAUUCUCGACCAUCUAUACACAACGUAUUCUGCUUUUUUAAAUGUUUUGAAUGAGAAAUUAAAAUGGUUUAUUAAUGUGACACCCGGUCGUAUUGAAAACUUAACAUUAAAUGAAUGUCAACAUAUGUGUGAAGUAAUUCCAAAAUUGACAAGUCCACCAUUAUUAUUUACAGAAUUUCAAUUAUUAUCUGAUCAAAUAAAAGAAUGUAAUGAUAUGAAUGAAAUUGCAAAAUUGCUACAACAAUGUGGACAUCUAUAUCCAAAAGUAUCAAGCGUUUACAAUUAUAUAUUAACAUUACCAAUAACAACUGCAACCAAUGAACGAACAACAGUUAAUUGUAUUAUAUCACAAAGUGAACGUUAG